AUGUUUAUUGCUCAUAAGCGAGUUGCGGCCGAAGGCGACUUUGUCUUUUUAUUCGAGAGGAAGGACUCGAUCAUUCCUGUUUUUUUGAAACAUGGGGAAAAGUAUCAGUGUAUUUUGGGUGCAUUCCUUCAUGACGAUAUGAUUGGAAAGGAAUUUGGAUCGAUCAUAACUUCCCAAACUGGAAAUAAAUAUUUGUAUAUGCUGCGGCCUACUGCAGAAAUGUGGUCCGGAUCGAUGAAAACUCGGACGCAAAUCAUUUUCGCUCUCGAUGCGAGUGUUAUUAUAUUCAAUUUGUUUAUCAAGCCGGGUUCGAGAGUUGUAGAGUCUGGGACUGGAUCGGGUGCGUUGUCGACCGAUAUAGCGCGUGUGCUCUCUCCCAUUGGUCAUUUGUUCACAUUUGAAUACAACGAAAUGCGAGCUACGGAGGCGCGAGCUGAGUUUGAGCGAAACGGGCUGAGCGAUAUCAUUUCUGUGUUCCAUCGUGAUGCCUACACAGACGGAUUUGUGGUGCAUGACGAAUCGAACGAAAAGCUGUGCGUGGACGCGGAGCACCCUGUGGAUGCUGUGUUUUUGGACCUUCCCAAGCCUUACAAUGCGAUCAAGCACGCUUGCGAAGUGCUGAAAUACAACGGCCGAAUCUGUUGUUUUAGUCCCUGCAUUGAGCAGGUGCAGGAGAACUGCCGUACGCUGCGUGAGAAUAAAUUUGAGUUGAUUGAGACGAUGGAAGUGUUGGUACGCCAGUACGAAUUGAAUAGCAUUGACAACAAUAACAGCUACACGACGAGAAAUCGAAAUCGGGAGCGAAACGCAGCAGCAGCGAAAGCAAAGGGUAAAGGAAGCGAAGCGAGCGCAAUGGAGACGGAAAGUAACAAGGAAGAGGGCGAAGGGAACAACGCAGAGGUAAAUGAAAGCGAGAAGAUGGAAUCGAAGGGAUCUGUGAAGCGCGAAGAGCCUGAAGAAGCGAGAGAAAAUGAAGGGGAAGAAAAGCCACAAGAGAAAGAAGAAGAAGAAGAAGAAGAAGAAGAACAGAAUCAAGGACCGACGCUGUUUGUGCCUUCAAAGAAUGUGAUGGAAUCGCUUUCUUCGAUGAUUUUGUCAAAGGGAGAGCAUAUUGGAAGAGGCCACACGGCUUAUUUGACGUUUGCUACGAAGCUGUAG